AUGGAACCUUCUGGGGUUCCUCCUCUGCCUACAGUCGCAGAGUUCGAAGCUGUUGUCGCCGCUUUACAGAGCAGCAACAGCAGCACUAGAGAGCAGGCACAGCAGCUACUUCAAAGACUGCAGCAGCAGAGGGAAGACUGUGGAGAGUUGUGCCUCGCCAUCUUUGAAGCCACCAAUGACCCGUCAACGGCCACUGUUGCUGCUGUGCUCCUCCGCAGCGGAGCAUUAUGGCACUGGAAUGCGCGCCUUGCGGCGGCAGCAGCAUCGAAAAAGCGUCUUGCCGCUGCAGCAGCAGGAGAAGCAGCAGGAGCAGCAGCAAAUGCUGCCGCGGCGUCUGCUGCGUCCCUGGCGCAGUAUGUGUCGCGCAUGCAGCAGUUGAUGGCCAGCGUAGUGGCGCUGCUGCAACAGAGAGCAGUGGCAGGCAUGAAGGGGAGUGGGGAGCGUCAGCUGACUCAUUCCUUUUGCUGUUUGGCCAAGAAGGGCAUCGCAACGGACGCCUCUGCCUUCCUCUCAGCGAUGAAGGAAAUCCUUAGCAACGCUUCCGCCAAGGGCCCCAUGGAACCAAUUCCCCUGUUCUGGCUGUCGCUGUUGACGGAUGUAGCGCAGGAGAUGCAGCAACAGCAGCAGCACGGCAUGCAUCUUACGCUGCAGCAGCACGCAGCUUGCUGCCGUUCUUUCCAGCAGCAGCUUUUGUUGCCGUUGGUGCAGUUCGUGUUGCAGCGGCUGCAGCAUAUUCUAGACCAACAACAACCCCAGCAGUCAGGCAACGGAGAGAUCGCUGCCAUCUUAGCAGCAUUGGACGUAGCCUGUUCUUGGAGUUUUGGCCAUCUGUUGCUACGGCUCUCCAGUGUAGACGAACUCUCUCUGACGCCUCCAGCUGAAUGGAUUCCAGUCUUUUUCCCUGCUGCAGCAUCAGCAGCAGCUGCGGCAGCAAGUCAUCCUGCUGAUGCGGGCGGAGUUACAGCUGCUGUGCAGCCCCUGCCGCAGCAGGACGGGCUGUUUGUGCUAGUUUUGCGCUUGUACAAGUUGCUGCGUCUGUCCCAAGAACAGGAACCUGAGCUCUUCUCCACAAUUCGUUACGUGCUGCAGCGCGUUGCGAAAUUUAGGCCCAUUGCAAUGGCGGAUGCGCUGCUGGGAGGAGAUAAGGAAGGGGCGGAUGAACAGGGAAUUGCCUUCGCUGCCACCUGUCCUGCGUCACCCUUGCCCUUGAAGAAGAGCUAUUCUGGGCCGGUUGCAAGAUCUAAGAAACAGCGGAUCACAGUGCUUGUAUACGUGCCGCUUAUGCAGGUCCUCCUAGAUCUUUUGGAGUCGUCUGCAUUUUGUGAACAGCUCCCAGGGGCCCCUGCGGGCUCUCAGACUCCUCAAAAGACUCAUGGGGUGUCCGCUGAGAUUCUGCAACUAGAAGAGGUUCAAGAUCUUUGCGCAGCCCUUGCAAAUCUUGCAGACUGCCUGGAGGCCAUUCCUGAAAUUCUCUUUGAUCACUUGUCAUCCCGCGUCUCGCCUCUUUUCGCCAGGCUGGGACUUGGGCUGCUUGACGUUGCGGCGGGUUCCUCCCCAGGAGCAUCUCUGGCAGCGGAGGCUUUGGCAUUGUUGGUACGUGCAUGGAGCUCGUGGGUGUCUCGUCUGCUACUGGCUGCCGAUAACCAACUAAUGCCUGAGCCGCCGCACAUGCAGCAGCAGCAGCAAGCCAUGAAGCUCACUGAUGCCAUCUGGUGGCAAGCCUUCCGCGAAUCCUCCGGUCUUCUCGUCGAGGCCUUUGUGCAUAAGGGCCUGCAUGCAUGCAGUCAGCGCGAUGACGAAUGUGAGGGCGGGGACGCUGCUAAGAGGAAGGGAGUUUUGUUUCUUUUGCAUGGGGGAUCCCAGCUGCAUGAGUUUCUUAAAGCCCUGGCCCAGAUCGCCCUUGCUUGCCCUGCUAAGGCCCUUGCUGCUGCCACUGCGAAGCAGCUGCAGUUGCGGCAACAGCAGCAGCAGGUGAGGGAUGGAGCAGCAAUUUCUAUUGCGUCUGGGGGCAACCAGCAAGUGCAAACGCAAAUUGCGCUGCUCCAGCAGCUGCAUAAAGAGCAGCACUGGCUUCUACUGUACAUCCAGCUGCUCAUUGUAGCCCAUCAGGGCCCCGAGGCCCUCGCCAACCACCGCCUGGGCCCCCCCAAGCAGCUGCUACAGGAUGAGGCGGCACAAGAACACCUCCUUCGCCUGCUGGAUGCUGUCUUCUCAACGCUCGAUCUCGAAACAGCUGCUUUAAAAACAGCAGCAGCUGCUGCUGCCUCUGGUGCCACAGCAGUAGAUCAGCAGCAGCAAUUCCUGGUGCAGGCACACCAACAGAUGACGUCCCCCGUAGUGGUGGAGGUUGGACUUGGUGUCGUAUGCCUUGUGGCUAAGGCCUAUCUCUUCAGAGAGAGGCUUGGCAAGCCCCUACUAGCAGAUCUCCUACUACCAGAGGGUGGCCUGAAGGUCUUGAACGCAGGCGUUUCGCUUUCUGCUGACUGCCUCCUUGCUGCUCCUCAGCAUCCAGCCCUCAGUUUGGCUAGCGCCCGCACCCUUCGCGUGUUUGCUGACAGCCAUAAUCCCUGCUGCGCAUACCUGUGGGAGUCUGCCGCCUUUCAGGCGCUGCUGGACAGUUGCUGCAGCUGCUGUGCGGGGUUGCUACAGCCAUCGGCAGCGGGAGCACCCUCCAACAACGAAGCAGCAGGAAACAUGAGCAACGACAGCAGCGUCAAGCUAAGGCAGCUGUCCAGCAAGAGCUGCUCCUCCGUCUUCGCAGCCUUUGCAGCGGCUGCUGCUCCAUCAGAGCAGUUGUGGGGCCUCGCCAAGAGGCAUGUUGCCCAGCAGCAGCAGCAACAACAACAGCCACAGGAGCCCUACCACCGCAGUGGGACGAUGCUGAGUAACGAAGUUGCCACAACUCGCACUGCCGCUUUGCUGCAGCGGUGCAGCGUCGGGCUUGGCGUGCUGCAGGCAGCUGCAGCAAUAGCAGAAGGGAGCCAACCACUGCCGAUCCCAGCGAUCCGCUGGGUGCUGAGCAUGCUGGGAGGCCUCGCAUCAGGGGCCGGAAGAGAAGGCGCACGGCGGCUGCUGCAGUGGAUGGGCCCCACACUGCGGUGUGCCUUUGCGGUCACUCGCGCUGCGGCUUCCAACCCAGAGGCGCUCAUGGACGGACUGAAGUUUUCUCGUCGCGUGGCCGCCGCUGGAGCUGGCUGUUUAACCCAGGAAGAAGCGGAGGCGCUUUUGGCGGAGUACACGACGGUGCUUGCUGCUUUUUCUUCAAAACUAGAUCGUCAGAUGAGCCCUGACGAGGAAGAUGCGGCCAUAACAAAUGGAGAACAGAUCUUCAAACUGCUACGGCAACUUGCUGGAGAGAACAGGGGAAGUGCGCGUACGAAGUGGGUGGCGGGGUCCUUAAUUGAGUGCCUAAGGGCGCUACGCCCGCUGUGUGUAGCCUUAACACCCACUCAGCCCAAGGUUUUAAAUUCGUAUCUUUCAGUUGUUGGGGUUUUGCUGGAAGACGAUGUGGCCCUCGUCCUGCAGAACAUGACACCAGAGGACACGCAUGUCAUGAUGACUCUGGCCGAACGGGGGGCCCUCUCUGGGCAGGCGCGUUUGGCUAACGCGGCGUUGGAGGCGAUUCAUGUAGUUGCAAUGCAUGCAGCAGACAUACAGCUACAGCAAGGGCUGUACAGCCCAAACCUCGAAAGUGCGGAAGCGACGGAGGGGCUGUUUAAACUGAUGCCAGGGGCCGAUUCGCUGCAACAGGUGUACGUACACCUUGCGCAGCUUGCCACAGCGUUAUUGCAGAAGAUGCCCAGCGAACAGAUGACGGCUGCGGAACAGGAUAUAAUGGGUGCAUGUCUUUUUGUUGCACUCUUCUGCAUCGGCGUGAGAGCCUACGCCCUCAGGCAUCUGCUACGCUCGUUUGCCGUGAACUUUGCAGCUCAAGGUGUGGGGAGCUGGACUGGGGGAUGCUCAGCGGAGUCGCUGCAGCAACGGCUCGAGGAGCUACAGGCAGCUGUUUUAGAGGCAGUGCGAGAGGCUCUACCCAAGAAUUUAUCAGAGCAGGGACCCCUUCCCCGCUUUAAGCAGCAAUACUUCCACAAAAGAGAAGACGCCUUUAAACAUGAGCUUGCCAACUUUGUUGCAGAGUUCGCCACGUUUGGGCGUUUCAGGCCGUAG